AUUGUGUGUUGAGGGAGGGUAAACUCCCCCCACCCACAGCUCCUGCCUCCCACGGAGCCUGGCCCGCAGGAGGGUCGCUCGUGAGCGCCCUCAGCAGGGCACCGGCCGGCACUCCCUCUAGGACCCGGGGGAAGCUGAUCGCGGGCAGUGGCCGGAAUGCAGCCCCUGCGCAACGCCUGAGAUGUCUGAAUAAUUCCAGCUCUUGGGAACCUGGGGCAUCCCGAGCAGCCGCCGCAGCCAUGGAGGCGGGGUGAAGGUUUGCCCUUAGCGGCUGCAGGAGACGGAGCAAAGCCACUGCAGCUGGCGACUAGGAGCAAGGCAGUCUCUGGGCACGCUCCGCGGGCCAGCCCCCUUUGCCCCGGGAAGGAGGAUGCACGCCGUGGCUUUGAGAGAUGUGGCUGAUUUUAUGCAAGCCUCAGACCUGGGCUGCGUCUGGCAGGGCGGCUGCUGAGGCGGCUGCUGCUCUUGCCCAGCUUUGGGCUGGCUCCCUUUGUGCAUUGAUUGACCAUUGAGAAGCUCCCCACCCCACCCCCUCCAGAUCCCCUACCCUAGGCAGCCUGACAGUAGCCAGUCGAGCCCGGCGGGAGGAGGGGGUCGGGGGAAAGUUGCGGCUCAGCUGCGGCUGGUGGGGAGAUGCAGGCUGAGGGUGACCUGCAGGGGGGAGAGGUGGUUGCUGUGUCCAGGAGGGGCAGAGCCCCGUGGGCAGGUGCAGAAUCCAGGUCCAAGUGAAGAAGUGCAACGGACGGCACCAUGAAGCUGCGGCUGCGCCAGGCCCUGGCGGUGCUGCUGGCCUGGGGGACCUUGUGCAUCUGUCUUGUUUCAUGUGAGGAGCCUACCGCUGAGGGUCUCACUUCAACCUCCUUGGUGGAGUUUACAAUGAUGUCCCAUCCGGAGCUACUGGAUUCCAGUGAGCAAAGCAACCUGGAGGCCACAGAGCCUGACCCUGUCCUCGGUACCCUGCAUGCCUCUGCGGGAUCAGGCUUUGCCAGUGAGGAGAAUGAGGAGUCCAAGAUCCUACAGCCCCCCCAGUACUUCUGGGAAGAUGGGGGAGAGCUCAACGAUUCCAGCCUGGAUCUGGGACCAGCAACAGACUACAGUUUUCCAGUUACCUCUCAUAAGGCUCUGCCCAAGGGAAACAGGACGCAAGUUAAAGACAACUGGGAAACAAACCCCCUUCAGCCGUCAUCUGAUUCCAUGGAGCCUGACCCACAUACACCUUUCACCAGUGCUCUGGAGGAAGAGGAAGAGCUGCUCCCCAUAGAUCAGUCUAAGGGAGGGCAACAGAGCAGCCAGACUCAAUGGCCAAAGGACAUAUCUUCAGAAGCAACUGGCCAAAAGGACUCCUUGUUCUCCCUCCUGUUCUCCACAGCCUCCAGCAGACUGGGUGUUGUGACUGAGGCAGCUGUAGGAAGCCAAGAGGAGGACUCUGUUCCUGAGCACACUUCUUCGGGCUUUGACCUAGGAAGUAGCAUGGGGCCAAGUCUGCUGCCUGUGUCCUCCAUCCUGUCGGUCAUCACUGCAGGAUCCCAAGUUGUCACAGAGCAUUCCAUCCAGGUGACUUCAGAAAAUAUUGGGGCUACAGUGGGAGUCGGAGUGGAGCUAGCAGGGACCGUGGCAACAGCAGAGUCCACACAGACGCUGGUGGGAGCUGGAGUGGAGACCACAGAGCUCCCAGUGAGAGGGGAGCUCAUUGAGCCGUCAGUACGAGAAGAAGGGGAGCAAGUGGGCCCCACAGUGUUAACUGGAAUGGAGCAAACGGAGGAAGCUCCUGAGGUAACAUCGCCUGGAGGCAGCCCCCAAAAUCCCAAGAUUGUUUCUGAUAGUGGUGAUGGCCCCGCAAAUGCCAGCUCCUCAGCGGCUUCCUUGGAUAGGUCUGACGAACCAGCUGCAACCCCUGCUCGGAAUGGCAUGAAGCUGGCUACUGAGACCGUGGCAGCAGGGCGGAGCUUUAUGCCACAGACUGGGGACACUCACCUGGAUGUGCUGUCAACAGGACUGCCCUGGAACUCGGCACAGGUGAUCUGCAAGGACUGGAGUAACCUGGCAGGGAAAAACUACAUCAUUCUGAACAUGUCUGAUAACAUCGACUGCGAGGAAUUUCGGCUGGAGAAGGGUCCCCAGUUGCUGGCUCUGGUGGAGGAUGCCUUCUCCAGGCAGACAGAUGGACUGCAGGCCCAGUGGCUGAUCUCUCUGAGCAAACCCAAUGAGAAUGACAAGCACCUGCUAAUGACCUUGGCAGGGGAGCAAGGUGUCAUCCCUACAAAAGAUGUCCUGAUGGCACUGGGGUAUGUUCAGAGGAGCUUAGCCGAGAUUGGCAUCCAGAACUACUCAACCACCACAAGCUGCCAGUCACGACCCAGCCAGACUCACAGCGACUAUGGGAAACUCUUUGUGGUGCUGGUCAUCAUCGGUUCCAUCUGUGCCAUCAUCAUCAUCAUGGGGCUUAUCUACAAUUGCUGGCAGAGGCGCCUGCCCAAGAUGAAGAACAUGUCACACGGCGAGGAGCUGCGCUUUGUGGAGAACGGCUGCCAUGACAACCCCACCUUGGACGUGGCCAGUGACAGCCAGUCGGAGAUGCAGGAGAAGAAGACCAGUGUGAAUGGCGGAGGUGCCAUCAACGGCCCCAACGGCUGGGAUGUCCUGAUCACCAAGCGGGCGAGUGAGGACGCAGAUGUAUUUGAAGAAGAUACACAUCUUUAAAAAGAGAAACGGCUUAAAUAUAUGUCUAUCCUAUCUUGACUUAAGGACUGUGAGGUGAGGGGCAGCUUCUCAGGAACCUCUUAUAGGGCUUGGGACAGAGCGACUCUUUCUUGUCGUGGUCCUGAGGCUGCAUCUGAAUCCUGGAGCAAGAAGGGUCACUGGGAGUGGAGGGAGGCGGGUGGGGCGCUGGGGUGUGUAUGUGUAUGUGUCUUUUGCUAUCAGUAGCGCCAAUGCUUUUUUCAUCACUUUUAAAUGCACUUACUUAGCUCUCUGGUAGCGGCUGAGAAUGGCUGGGUUUGAGAAAUAAAAUGAUGAGGCUAAGAUGGACUCCAAGUGACUGGGGAGUCAACUCACACUGGAUGCCCAGCAGGGAGAUGGCAGGCCAGACCCUGACCUCACUGGCUCCUGGAGCUGGAAUCAGAAUCUGUCCCAGCAGGUGCAAUAGGAAAAUCUGGGUCUUGUUCUGGAUCUGGGAAGCGAAGAUUCAGUUGAUGUUCUGGGCAGAAAGUUUGCAUUCUGUGCAUGUAUGAAGAUCAGAUAUUCUCUGGUGCCCUUGCUUUAGCUUCUGAUGAGACGGGCUGCUGUGUUGUUCAGAUGAAAACAUUUUCCUGUGAGCUCUCACCUCUGCCUAAUACCCCCCAAAUCCCUUUUUGGUUCCACAAGCACCAUGUUGAACCUGAAAAGUUUGAGCACUUUAACCUAGCCUGGUUUGGCUGGAUGAUUGCAGAGAAUUCAGUGCUGCACUGCAGAGCGUCUGCUGGUACUUCAGUGUGGGGUGGGAAUUCAUCUGAAAAGGACACUUACCUAUCUUCUGGCAUUUGGGAGGUCACAUCAGCAAAAGAUCCCUUGUCUAAAUCUCAGAGUAGGAGGCCUUUUCUGCUCCUAUCCCAUUUUCCAUGGUCGUGGCCUCCAGCUGUGGGUUGAUCUCGUGAGAUGAACAUACAGAGUAGCUAGGACAUCUUAAUGAAGGAAAAUAAGAUCCAGAGAUCGAAAACUUCCCCCUUCCAUUUGGGACCUUACCAGAUCUGUUUCAAGGGAGAAGAUUCUAGUCUCACUCACAUCAGUAUAAAGCAUGAGUAACUCCACUGACGUUAUUGCAUUUAAACUAGUAUAAAAGUCAGUGUGAGGUCAGAAUCAAGCCUAAGUGCCCAUACAAGUGCUUCUCAGGCUUGCCUUGGG